GCAGCACAAAGCAGGACGGAGGAAGAGCCCUCACGCAUGCACCAUGCUCGCUGCAAGGACGGUCCCGCUGCUUGUGCUGCUCCUCAUCUUCUCCCUGCACCACGCCACAGCCUACUUCUCGCCCACCGAAUGCUGCUACAGUCAAGCUCAGAAACCCGUCCGACAAGUGCAGAAUUUCUACAAGACGCCCAGUGACUGUUCCUUGCCUGCAGUGGUGAUUGUGACUGCCACCGGUGACAAGGUCUGCGCUGACCCCAAGAAAGCCUGGGUGAAGAAAAUCAUGAAAAACCUUGGAAAGAAAAAAUGAAAUCCUCCUUCUGCCGUUCCCCCCCCCGACCCUCCCGUCGCUGGAGGGAGCAGCCGGUGCUCGCCACGCUGGUCCCGUGGCGCCGGGCACUGUCACUGCAGGCAGAGCCAGCCCGUGCCCUGGUGGGACUGGGUGCCACAGCAGCACCGACCAGCUGGCCACCAAGUCCCUCCUGCUGCCGCUCCCCUCUCAGGACGCGUCCAGCGGAGCGAAUAUUUAUAAUAAAGACUCAUUGCCCCAA